AUGCUACGGCCAUGCCGGUCUGCAGAUCCUGCACCUAUUCAGAGGACACCUUCUUCUCCUGCUCCAUACCCAGAAUGUAUUAUCUCAGAUGGAAACGAAUGUGAAGACUGGUGGACAAUUCCUGACACUGCGGAAGGUCCCCAGGCCGUAGGUGAUGAGGCUCCUGCUACAGAACCACUACCGUCUUGCAGUGAGGAGGAACCCGCGGCCACAUCCAGAUCUCCUGCUGUAAUGGAAGAGCCCAGGUUAACAACUCCCAGUGAAGAAAGUCAGGUCCUAGCAGAUAGUCAAGACCUCCGGAGAUCCAAUUUUGAGCGACAAUGUAACCUGCACCGAAUAGAUAGAGGAGAGUGGGUCGCAAUAUUGUCAGGCAAACUGUCAGGCAAAGCUUCUGAUGCUUUCCGGACCGUGCCAGAGCAGGAGAUCCAUAGCUACGCCAGGGUUAAAGAAGUGCUCCUGGCUCGUUAUGCAGUAACCCCAGAGUCCUACCGACAAAAGUUCAGGGACUCACGCAAAACCACAAAAGACUCUUACGUGGAAUGGGCAUGCCAGUUAUCCCUGUCGGCCUCUAACUGGGUCAACAGCAGCCAGGCCACCACCGCAGAGGACAUUUUGCAACUAAUGCUCCUGGAACAAUUUUACAAUCACAUCCAGACGGAUGUCAAAGACUGGGUGAGAGAUCGCAGGCCCAUGACUCUACCAGAGGCCGCUAAGUUGGCGGAUGAAUAUGCGGAUACUCGCAAGACGAACCUGGUCACACCACGGGUAGUUCCCCGGAAAUACCGCCAGGAGUUAUUGAGGAUUGGGCACGACGUACCCUUGGCAGGCCAUUUGGGAAUACGCAAGACAGGGUAUCGGAUAACCCAGAACUUCUUCUGGCCUGGGGUGUCCGACGACGUCAGGGCGUAUUGUCAAACGUGCGAGGUAUGCCAACGUAUAGGUAAAAAGGGAGACCACCCAAAGGCUAAACUAGUUUCCAUGCCCAUUAUUGAAGAACCGUUCACAAGGGUAGCCGUGGACAUUAUAGGGCCCCUGGCCCAACCUAGCCGUUCCGGCAAGCGGUAUAUACUCACCAUAGUAGACUACGCCACCCGUUACCCCGAAGCGGUAGCUCUCUCUAACAUACAGGCUGAGACCGUAGCAGAGGCCCUAGUUAAAGUAUUUUCCCGAGUAGGCUUUCCCAAGGAGGUUCUGUCCGACCAAGGUACCCAAUUCACGGCCGAGGUAACCCAGCAGAUAUGGAAAACCUGUGGAGUUAAAUCCCUGACUAGCUCCCCAUACCAUCCCCAGACUAACGGCCUGUGCGAGCGCUUCAACGGAACGCUAAAGCAAAUGUUGAAGUCGUUCACGGGGGCAUACAAGGAUUGGGAGCGAUUCCUGCCACACCUUCUCUUUGCCUACCGAGAGGUGCCGCAGGAAUCGACCGGAUUCUCACCCUUCGAACUUCUCUAUGGGAGGCGGGUGAGGGGGCCCUUAGAUCUCAUCUUACUAGAAACAAAACAGGCCACAUUCUCUCAGGAGCCUGGAUACACACUCCUAGCCAUACACAAGGUAGAGACUCCAGGACAGGCACCCCUGAGACAGCCUCCCUACCGUAUCCCCGAAGCAGUCCGGGAAGGGAUGCGGAAGGAGAUAGAUGAGAUGCUUCGGCUAGGCGUAAUCGAACCCUCAGAAAGUCCUUGGGCCUCGCCGGUAGUCUUAGUGCCAAAGAAGGAUGGGACAACCCGCUUCUGUGUAGAUUACCGGCGCCUCAAUGACAAGACAGUUACGGACGCCUAUCCGAUGCCACGGAUGGACGAGCUGCUUGACCGUAUCUCUGCAGGGAAGUAUCUGACCACAAUAGACCUAUGCAAGGGAUAUUGGCAGAUUCCCCUAGCAGAAGAUGCCAUACCCAAGUCGGCCUUCAUCACCCCGUUCGGCCUAUACCAAUUCCGGGUUAUGCCGUUCGGGAUGAAGAACGCCCCGGCCACCUUCCAACGGAUGGUGGAUCAGUUACUUAGGGGUCUCCAGAGCUUUGCAGGCGCUUACCUGGAUGACAUCGCCAUCCACAGCGAUACCUGGGAAGCGCACCUAGAGCACGUAGGGGUAGUAUUAGAUAGGAUCAGGGGGGCCGGGCUGACCCUGAAACCCGACAAAUGUCACUUGGGUAUGGGCGAGGUACAAUAUUUGGGCCACCGAGUAGGAUGUGGUAAGCAACGGCCGGAGCCGGCUAAGAUCGAGGCCGUUGCCAAUUGGCCCACUCCCCACACCAAGACACAAGUCAUGGCUUUCUUAGGCACAGCCGGCUAUUACAGACGCUUUGUACCCGACUAUAGUGCCCUGGCCAAACCCCUGACCGACUUGACCAAAAAGAAGCUACCCCGACAAGUCCUGUGGUCCCCGGAAUGCGAGGUGGCUUUCCAAGCACUAAAGACUGCUCUGGUUAAUGCUCCGGUGUUGGUUACCCCAGAUCCUAACAAAAGAUUUAUUGUCCAUACAGACGCUUCAAUGUUUGGACUGGGGGCAGUACUAAGCCAGAUCGGGGAGGAUGGAGGAGAGCACCCGGUGGCAUACCUGAGUCGGAAGCUGUUGCCAAGGGAGGUCAGUUAUGCCACCAUUGAAAAAGAGUGUUUGGCCUUGGUAUGGGCACUCAAAAAGCUCACACCUUACCUUUAUGGCCGGGCGUUCACUCUCAUCACCGAUCACAACCCCUUGGUGUGGCUUAACCGGGUUUCAGGGGACAACGCCCGUUUGCUACGCUGGAGCUUGGCCUUACAGCCC